GCUGCUGUUGCGUGAUGCUAGCAGUCGCUCACAUGACACUAGUGUUUCUGCUGCGGUUACGAGAAACUAAACAAAUCUGGCCUAGUGCGUUUAUCAGAUGCAGAUUUGGCACAGCUGCAGUUCAAAGCGGUCUUAACGUCUGCACCAUAACGACGGUUAUCUGAAGAGUCCGUUUGAAGGCGCAUAUUGCACAGUCUGCCAUCAUCUGUUUUUCCAUCGAGCGUGUUUUGGUUUACUUUGUCAAGAAACAUGAUUCCCAUCAUCCGCAAACAAAACAUGCCCUCCGGGGCAAUUUUUAGCCUGCUGUUAGCUCUCACUAUACAUCAGACUUUGACUGCUGAUGUUCCGCCCACUGUGGUCGCUGUUGAAACCAGCUCUCCUCCGGCUUCUCCUGUAACCCCUGGACCCCCUGAGCAAGGCAGCUACAAUGUCACCAAUGCCACUGAUGCUGUCUGUCUCUUGGCACGGAUGGGACUGCAGCUCAACAUUAGCUUUAUUUCGAGCUCUCAUGGCAAGACUGUCCAGGAGGUCUUGAACCUGCAUCCAAACCUUGUUAAAUCCUCUGGAUCCUGCGAUCUGGACAGUGCAACUCUCGUACUCUCUGAGGACAACAUUAAUUUGACUUUCAGCUUUUCUUUGAAUACCACAUCAAACAAGUAUCAUCUUGGUGGGUUGGAGUUGUCAGCUGCAUUGCCUGAUAUGGCUAAGGGCCUUGUUUUCAGGAACACCACUCUGAACUACAUGGUGGGAACCCUGGGCCACUCUUACAUGUGUCAGAAGGAGAAGAUCUUGAGCAUUACACAGGAUUUCUCUCUCAACACCUUCCAGCUUCAAGUGCAGCCUUUUGUUGUCAAUGGAGAUUUUGGAGCAGCUGAGGAGUGUGAUUUAGAUGAAGACGACAUGUUGAUUCCCAUUAUUGUGGGUGCUGCGUUGGCUGUGCUAGUACUCAUCGUGAUCCUGGCCUACCUUAUUGGCAGGAACAGAAGUCAUGCAGGCUACCAGACCAUCUAACCUCAUAUUCUUCAAGCCAGGAUGUGUAGGCACCACCGAUUUCUGUUCUAAUCUGGACUCAACAACACUACUACAACUGCAGCUGCCUAGUUUUUAACCCACCCUGCCCUCUGCUGGUGUCUCACCUGCCAUCGCUCAGGUGGACCUGCACUUCCUGGACUUUUUGUUGUAUUAUGUUAAACAUAGUAUAAAUAAUGCAUACUUACGGGUGCAGGGAAAAAUCAAAGGUGUGUUUGAGGCUCUAGGUCAUGCUAAGGUAUUGUUUCCAGGAACCAGAUUAUGCUUAUCUAGAGGAAUGCCUGGUGUUUGUUGUUAUUUAGGCUUAAUCUGGGUUAGAAAGCAUAUGAUCUGUUUGGUACCUCAUAUUCUUAAACUUAACCUCAUGCGUUUAUUUAUAUAAAUACAAGGAUUUAGGGAAAACUGAUGAUGCUGUUGCUGCUCAGUCUAAAAGGGACUAGAUAUUAAACACUACUUCCUGAUCCUGAUCUCAAAGUUCUCAUUUGGAGUUGAACACUAUACAAGACUCAGCUUUUGAGAUUCAGGAAAUUGAAGAAAAAUAAUUAAUUUAAUGCUGUUAAAAAAGCCUUGCAUAAGUGUUGAGUCAGAUGUCGGUUUGGUACUAAGUUUUAAUGAAAAGUUACUUUCUAGAGUAGAAUACCCUUCAAUAACACUAAAUAGCUCGGUUUCCCUCUCAUACUACAUAUCAAAACUAUAUAGCCUGCUUGCUUCCAUUUAGCAUUGUAUUUGCACUCAUUCAAAAAUGUUAAAAGGGAAAUUCUGCUAGAGUGAGGAAAUAUUAUGGUUUUGCACUACUGGAUGGACAAAGGGUAUAUUCACACUAACACAACAGGAAGUUCUGAAUGACUUGAAGUAGGUUUAGACUAUAAUAGACCCAGGUAAAUAGUUAGCUGUUACAAACACAAGGAGUGCACUAAAAACACGCUUGAUCAUAUGGUGGAUGAAUCUCUCCUUUCUGAUGCGCCUUCAUAUGGAGUGACUGCAUAAAUGGAAUUGUUGUGGAUAUUGAAGUGUUGCCUUGAUUGCUAUGAAGUUCAUGUUGUUUUAAGGGAAUGCAAUUCUAAGUUUCUAAAUAAAGUGAAAAAUAAAAAGACAAGAAAAAGAG